CAGCUCACCCACUCCUCAUUUCAAGGAAUAAAGGUGCAGCACACUAAGCAGCAGCAUGUGAAAGACCCCUCGCCAAAAAAAAACAUUCGCCGAUCUCAUCAUCCCCGAAAAUUGGGGAAAGACUGUCCCAAAGACUGGAACAAAGAACACAACGGCAACCCCACCGCCAUGACGCAGUAUCACAGGUUCUACGCCUACAUCCGAGGUUCCUUUCACCAGCGUCCGAGCCUUAAAUGAUAACACCCCUUUUCCCUUGCACAUCCAAUCGCUUCUACACCCACCACACCGUGACAAACUCCAGAACAGAACGCAAAAUGACCGACCCCAACAAAGGCGCCAAAAUCACCCUCUACUGGCUCGCGCAAUCCCGCUCCCACCGCAUCCUCUGGCUCCUCGAAGCGCUGCACCUCACCUACGAGCUGAAGAUUUACCACCGCGGCGCCGACAAGCUCGCGCCCCGCGAGCUGAAGGAGAUCCACCCGCUGGGCAAAUCCCCGGUGCUCACCGUGCAGCCCGCGGCCGCCGCCGUCUCCGGGCAAGAAGGCGAUGGCAACUCCAAAAAGCCCAUCGUGCUGGCCGAAUCCGGCCUGAUCAUCGAAUACCUCCUCGACCACUACGGCGCCAACGCCGACGCCCCGCUGAUCCCGGAGCGGUAUGCCGCUGCUGCAACCGAAACAGUCGGCGGCGAGACUGACUCGUGGCUGCGGUAUCGGUACUACAUGCACUACGCGGAGGGCUCGCUGAUGCCGUUUCUGGUCAUGCAGUUGGUGAUGGAUACCGUCAAAAACCCGCCCAUCCCGUUCUUCCUCAAACCCCUGCCGCGGGUGGUGGCCGGGCAGGUGGAGAAGGCGUUUCUGAAUCGCAAUAUCGCCGCGCAUCUGGAUUUUCUGGAGGAGCAGCUGCGCACGAGUCCCGGGGGUGGGCCGUACCUGUGUGGGACGGCGCUGACGGCGGCGGAUAUCAUGAUGAGUUUUCCGGUGAUUGCGAUGGCGGGCCGGCUGUCGAUGGAGGGGUAUCCGGAGUUGAGUCGGUAUGCGGAGUUGUUGCAGAAGGAGGCGGGGUAUGUGGCGGCUUGUCGGAAGAUUGAGGAGGUGGAUGGGAAGUUUGAGGCGUCUCUUUAGGUCUUUGCCUCUCUAGGUCUAGGUGUUGAGCGUGAUGAAGUGGUUGUAUGUAUGUAUUUCAGGAUCUU